GUGUCCCAAAAAACAAUCAAGGAUGUAGCAGAAUCUACAGUGAUGAAAAAGUUAAUGUACUACAACAUGAGAGUAAAGACUAUAAAAAGAAAUCUAAGGGAAGAAUUAGAAAUGCUAAAAGAGCAGAAGUGCACAUUGGAACAGCUGCCACGGGAAAGAAUUCAAUUACUUCUCUUCCAGGUGAAAAGCUUAGAAUGGGACCUAUCAAAGCUUCAGUCAUCAGAAAGUCACCAAAACCUUUUGAGAUCUCCUGAAAUCUUUUAUCACCACAAAGACCAGGAAAACUCUGAUUUAUGGGCAAAAGGGGAGAGCAACAGAACAGAAGCAGACAUGGAGGAGAAUUUGUCUCAAAAGAUGCGUGCAUUGAAAGAGAGAAUACACUUCUGGACAUCAAAGAUGGAUGACAUAGAUGCAUUUCAUGAGAGAGAAGUUGAAAGGACGAAAAAAAGCUUUGAUCUCUUGGUCCAGUUCUUACAGACAGAACUUGAAACCGUAGGGAAUGUUCGCUUUGAAGAAGGUACUCCAUCAGAUUCAUGGUUCAAAUCCUGUUAUGACCUGAUUUUAUCCCGUUUCUGUGCCUCAAAUUUUAAAACCUAUGGAAUCUCUGGAGUGAAAAUAAACAGAAUAGUCAGAGUGCACAACCGAAUCCUUCGAUCCAAGUUUGAGGACAGAGUGCAAGACUAUCAGGAUGGUGAAGACAGCACUGCCAAUGAAAACUACAAGAAGAUGCUGGAAUAUCUUUUUUACACAUUUGACCCUAGUUUUGCAAAGAAAGAUCUUUUGCACAUUCUUGAGGAUGGCUUUAAUUUCAUUAAAACAUUUAAGCCGCAUGAACAAGAACAAGGCAUUCAUCUUUCCAACAGUUUGGGAUUUUGUGAGACUUUCACAUCGGGGCAAGCAAGAACCGUGGAGACAAAUUAUGAUCCAGAGCAUUUUAAACAUGGUAAAUUGAUCAUUGUUAAAGUUUUCCUGGGCCGUAGUGUUCAAGCCAAAGAAAAUAUUGCCAUGAACCCAGAUAUUUAUCCUGACGCCAAUUCUGUAUUCAGGCCAUUGAAAUUUAAGAGGAAUUGUGUAUAUCCUUCAUACAAUGAAACACGUUCUUCUGAGGAGCAUGGGAGCUGUGACUGCAGCCUACACCGGUGUGACUGGUUUGUGUUUGAUCCUGAACUCAUCGUGCCAGAGUACAUUGUUGAGUUUGACUAUAUUCCUCUGGUAGAGGCCCCAGCUUCUAGUCUUCAUGAAAGUGCACCUGAAAUUAAACUGGAUGAACACAUUCUUUCCAUGGAGCCAACUGUCAAACCAAGGCCCAAAAUAAUUAGUUUAGAUGAAAAUACUAUCCUUUCUGUAGCAAAAGUCAGUACUUACAGUCAAAUAUCAGUCUUGAACUUGCAUGGUAACAGUUUAAGCAAACUGAAAGAGAUUUCAAAACUACGUGGGCUUAAAAAGCUCAUCAUAAGUUUCAAUGAAUUUUCAAGUCUAGAUGAUGUUUCAUGCUUGCCAAAUCUCGAAUACCUUGAUGCCAGCCAUAACAAUGUGAAAGCUCUGGAAGGUGUUAAAGGAUUGGCAAAACUGAAGCAUUUAGAUGUGAGCUGGAACCAUUUAACAAGAAUCAGGGAAGAUAUGAACAUUUUACGAACGCAAACUCCACAUCUUCUGUCACUGAAUAUAUCCUACAAUCCCUGGCAAAAGCCAGCUUCAGUGCGUAUGGUAGCGAUUGGAAGAUUAAAGUCGCUGACUCAUUUGGAUGGAGUCUUGAUUACGGAAGAGGAAGUUUCACAAUCUUCAAAGUUUUUUCCUGAAGGCCGGAUUACACAGGCGUCCCUGCAACUGAGUGCCAGAACAGACCAUGUGAAACCCCGAUGCCUUAGUCUGUUACCUUCUGCUCAGAUACUCUCUCUCAAAUAAGCAAGAACUGCCUGGAUCCAUAUGCUGAAUGUAACAACAGCUGGUAUCUUAGGAUAACAUCUAUAAAUUUUGAUGGACAAAAACUCUCCAAAAUCACAAAUUUGGAAAAGCUUGAAAAUUUACGCUGGGCAUCUUUCAGCAACAAUUAUCUGACCAAAACUGAAGGCCUGAAAAAUUGUGUCAAGUUAGAGGAGCUUUGCCUUGAUGGAAACAGCAUCACAAAAAACUGGAAGGUCUUUCAAAUCUCGUCAAACUCAGACGUCUCAGUAUAAAUGACAAUAAACUUGUAAGCAUCAAUAAGGAGGUCAUUGAUAACCUGUCUCAUCUACACUUUCUCUCUGCUGAGAACAAUAGCAUCAGCUGUCUGGCAGGACUACAGAAAGCCUACCUAUUAAUAGAACUCUACCUGAGCAAUAAUCAGAUCAUUAGCAACCAAGAGAUCUACCACCUCAAGGGUUUAAACAAUCUUGUAAUUCUGGACUUGUGCGGUAAUCCAAUCUCCCUGCAAAAUGACAACUAUCGAUUGUUUGUUAUUUUCCAUGUUUCAUCACUAAAAGCUUUGAAUGGAUCUGCUGUGGAUCAGCUAGAGAGUGAAAACGCAAAGGAUGUUUUUGGUGGAAGACUCAGUUCGGAUAUGAUUGUUGAAAAGCUUGGACAUCAAAACUUUACAGAACUGCAAGAGCUAAACUGGAGGUCUUCCUCAAUUAGAUCUGUUGACCUUGUUUCCAGCUGACCCGUUUAAGGGGAUCCACACAGUGAAUUUAGAAAACAACAAUUUGACGUCUUUUAGUGGUUUGAUUUUCCUGCCCCACAUAAAGAAUUUGUAUCUAAAUUAUAAUCACAUUGUGUCAAUCCUGCCCAAGCAAAAGCCUCAGAAUCACUUAACCAACAGGCAGAUACUGCACCAAAAAGUCAACUCCAGUGGAUAUGGGCAGCAGGGCAAGGCUAAUAGGGAUGCAUUGUUUGGCGAGACUCUGACCCCAAUAAUGCAGAGUUUAGAAGUUCUUCAUCUGGGUUUCAAUGGAAUCAAUAAUUUGCCUCAGCUGCAGCUCAGUAGACUAAGGAAUUUGAAGUCCCUUUUUCUGCAGGGAAAUGAGAUCAGCCAAGUGGAAGGACUUGAAGGUUUACAGUUUCUCCAAGAGCUUGUCCUGGACCAUAACCGUAUUAAACUUAUUACCGAGACUUCCCUUGCAAAGCAGAGUUCUCUGGUAUCUCUACGACUGGAGGAAAAUAGACUGAGGGAAGUUACCAACUUACUUCACCUUAUCAAGCUAAAGAAACUGUAUAUAGGAUUCAAUAAAAUCCAGGAAAUUUCAGAAGUAGAAAAGCUAGAGGCUCUCCCAACACUAUUAGAGCUGUCUGUGUCUGGAAAUCCAAUAUCCCGAAAAAUGUUCCACCGUCAGCUGCUUGUUCUUCGGCUGCAGAACCUGCAGAUAUUAGAUGGCAUUGCUGUGACCAAUGAGGAGAGAACAAGAGCAGAGAUGUAUUCCUUGGAACAGCAAGCAUUAUCAAAUCCUGUCCUAGAGACCGUGCAUCCAGCUUCCACAUUCAUCUUGACCAAACCCCCACCAUUACGCAUUACAAAUGUGUGUCUGCCAGGAGGUUUGCACCACUUUGCUAGUCCGAAUCUCCAUUUAAAUAAUAGACAAGAUGACUUCCUUCCAAAUGACUCCGAUAAAUACAAGAAAUCCAAGAAUAAUCCACGCAGUGUGAAUGCUGAAAUUGCUUUCAGGCCGCUCAGAGCACCAACAAAUAUUUCUACAUCACACUUGGCACAAGCUGGUUCAAAUCGAGCAGUACAAGGCAGCAAUCUGGAGCAUGAAGGAAGAUUAUUUGGAAAUGGGAACCUACGUCAGAAUCGGAUGUAG